GCCGCCAAACUCACCACCAUCUUCUGCAUGUGCAACAUUCGCAGCCGGACAGAAACCGCUCCCCGGCGAUGGAGACUGCGGGAAAAAUCCGCCGCGGCGGGAUGGCUUGCUGAAGCGGCAGCGGCCGCCGGGAGAGAGGCAGAGCGCGAGCGGGAGAGGAUAGCAAACAAAUACUAAAGCAAAACAACACCAAAAAAAAAAAAAAAAAAAAAAAAGAGGGGGGCCCCUCUUUUUUUCCCCCUCCCUUUUUUUUUUUUUUAAUUAAUUUUUUUUUUUGUUCCUGAUUUUGUGUAUAGCCUUCUCGCCCUCGAUGCCUCUUUGAGCAGCAUCCAGCGAGCGAGCGGGAGAAGGCGAGACAGAGAGGCAGAAGAGAAAAUGAGGAUAAUUUGCAGACAGCUUGUCUUGUUGUUUUCUGGCUUUUGGGGACUAGCAAUGGGAGCUUUUCCUAGCAGCGUGCAAAUAGGUGGUCUCUUCAUCAGGAACACAGAUCAGGAAUAUACUGCUUUUCGAUUAGCAAUCUUUCUUCAUAACACCAGCCCCAAUGCAUCUGAAGCACCUUUUAAUUUGGUUCCUCAUGUAGACAACAUUGAAACAGCUAACAGCUUCGCUGUGACAAAUGCCUUUUGCUCCCAGUAUUCUAGAGGAGUUUUUGCCAUUUUUGGACUAUAUGAUAAGAGAUCAGUACAUACCUUGACCUCAUUCUGCAGCGCCUUGCACAUCUCCCUCAUCACGCCAAGUUUCCCCACAGAGGGUGAGAGUCAGUUUGUGCUGCAGCUGCGGCCAUCCCUGCGGGGAGCCCUCCUGAGCUUGCUGGAUCAUUAUGAAUGGAACCGCUUUGUUUUCCUGUAUGACACAGACCGAGGUUAUUCAAUACUUCAAGCUAUUAUGGAAAAAGCAGGACAAAAUAGCUGGCAAGUCAGUGCUAUCUGUGUGGAGAAUUUUAAUGAUGCCAGCUACAGGCGGCUUUUAGAAGAUCUGGACCGAAGGCAAGAAAAGAAAUUUGUAAUAGACUGUGAGAUAGAGAGGCUUCAGAAUCUCUUAGAACAGAUUGUGAGCGUGGGAAAGCAUGUUAAAGGAUACCAUUAUAUUGUUGCCAACCUGGGAUUCAAAGAUAUUUCUCUGGAGAGAUUUAUGCAUGGAGGAGCCAAUGUGACUGGAUUUCAGCUAGUAGAUUUCAGUACCCCAAUGGUAACUAAGCUGAUGCAGCGCUGGAAGAAGCUGGACCAGAGAGAAUACCCAGGAUCUGAGACCCCACCAAAGUAUACAUCUGCACUGACAUAUGAUGGAGUACUUGUGAUGGCUGAAACUUUCCGUAAUCUUAGAAGACAGAAAAUUGAUAUUUCAAGGAGAGGAAAUGCCGGUGAUUGUCUUGCCAACCCUGCAGCCCCAUGGGGUCAAGGAAUUGAUAUGGAGAGGACAUUAAAACAGGUUCGAAUACAAGGAUUGACAGGAAAUGUUCAGUUUGACCACUAUGGUCGUAGAGUCAACUACACCAUGGAUGUCUUUGAGCUGAAAAACACAGGGCCUCGAAAGGUUGGUUAUUGGAAUGACAUGGAUAAAUUAGUUUUGAUUCAGCAUGAACCUACACUUGGAAAUGACACUGCAGCCAUUGAGAAUAGAACAGUAGUUGUCACUACAAUUUUGCCUCUGAUGAAGAAUCCUAUUUUAAGAAAUUGAUCAAGGAAGAAAAGAGUCCCAAGAUGCUGCGAACAUUCCUAACUAAGGCUCAAGUAUUAACCACCAGUCUAGUAGCAUUGAGCUUAUUUUUCCAUAUGGAUUACUGUUCCUCUGACUGGAUGACCAGGCACUGAACCACCAAGAAAAGUUCUGUGACUAAUCUGAAAUGUGUAGAACAGAUGACGUUAACCUUCAACUUUGCCAAGCUGAGAAGAGAACGAUGUGAAUAACAAGCUUUCAGUCGAAAUUUUCCUCUCAUACCAAUUCUGAUAUCUUUGACUGAAGCUAUCAUACAUGAAUACUGUAAUUUCUAUAAAUAGCUCCAAGCUUAGGAGAAGCAAGUAAAAUAUAAUAAUGAAAAGUAAUAUAAAAUGUUCCUGUUUGCCAGAAAGGAAAACAAGGAAAACAAGAAACCUUUUAAAAUGUGUUAUCUUGCCUGUCCUGUUUGCAUUGAAGCAUUUUGAUGUGCAUAAUAAAUGUUAUCUUCAAAAGAACUUUUCCAGCCCCUGUAUUGAAAGGACUGGUGGGAUCAUUUGCAAAACCAAAAAGCUGAAUUAAUAUUCCAAAGCAUGCCCUGUGUUUAUGCAGCAUGUCAUUUUCGGAUAAAUGCAAAUAAUUGAAAGCAGCACUGCUUCUUGACCAAAAGUGUCCCCUUUCCAUGUUUCAAAAUCACAGUGCAAGAGAAAUAUAUCAGAAUUUGGUUUGAAUAAGAAUAUAUGGUGAUUUCUGCCUUAUCAUGCCUGUCUCCCAUCCACUCCACUGGGAGCUGCACACAUGAUGCUAAAGGCAGAAUAGAACCAUGAUUCUUACUGUUGGUCUGCUAUGGCCAUGUAUUUAGCAUCCACAAGCAUAUGAUCACAUACACAAAGAAAAGAUAUAUUUAACUAGAAUAACUUUCAUGUUGCAAAUGCCACAGAGACUUUUUCACCUUUUCAUUGCCCUCUUCACACUGAAGGGAAGUUGAACCAUUGUAGAUGAUACAUUUAAUUUUGGUUGCAUGCAUGUUUUCCAACAUUAAACUGAAAAGCUUCUGCAAACAGUGCUGUCAGGCUUUUCAGUCUUCAAAGACGGGUGGCAUGGCAGCAUAGGAAAAGUUUACAAAUUUUCAGCAUGGCUCGCUUUAAUUUUUGCCUGAAGCCAAAUAGCACAAACUGAUUUUCCUCCGUUUCUUCACUUUUCACGAAUCUAUGCUUACUUUGCUGUAGUGUGGCUGUAAAACUAUUGCAUAGAAAGUGCAUUAUAAUGAAUUAACUCUGCACUCAAAGAACUUAGUACAGUAUUUUCUACUUGGCAAAAUGUUUUCUUCAUUUGUAACAGAGUGAGAGCAUGUAGAAUUUAUUUUACAUAUUCUGUUUAGACACUCAGCCUAUCUCCCCAAUUAGUCAUGUGGUAAAGUAGCAGCCCAGAGAGGGAAGGCAGCAAGGGCAACUGAUGUUCUUUACCAGCUGCCAUGCUCUUUAUAGUUCCUGUUCUGCACAUUAUUAUAUGAUGCACAGCCUCCUGCACAUCUGGAAAGGAUGGAUUUUCUACCUGUGUGCAGAAGCAUUCCCUUCAGGAUGCGGGGGUGUGACCUCCAAAUGCACAGUAGGCUCCCUGUAUGACCAGAAAAGGGAUACCAUUUGCAGCCUUGCUCUAACACUGAGAUAAAGUGACUUGUCUGGUUAGGAAGAAUGAUCAUCUCUAAUUUAGCAAGUUGAGAAAUAUAGUGACAAGUUGUUAAGGUUGUAUAGGGAAGUAGGCUGGGAAGACUAAUCUGAACUCUCAAAUACAUUUCAUGGUAGAGCCAACUCUAUACUUACUCUGAGAUUGCAAAAUUUAAAAAUCACAAAAAUCCUUUAGAACCAAAGCUUGAUGUAUAUGAACUGCAUCUGCAUUGUGGCUUCCAGUUCAAUAUUUUAAUGAGAUAUCUUUGGUGUUGGCAGAUUAAGUUUCAAGGGCAGGAUCCAGUUCUCAACUGAGUCACCCAAAUGUAGAUGACUUUACAAAGUAUAUUGAUUCAGUUGCAUUCAGUGACAUUUAAGAUGCUGUAGGAUACACAGCCUGUCCCCCAUUUACCUAUUUGUAAAGGGGCAGCACAAAGGACCUGCAGAAUGGAACUUUGGGGUCAAAUACAUUAGGGUAUCUCAGAUGACAGGUACCUUUCAUUAGAGGACUGAGAACCACCCUAAUUUUUUUGACUGAUAUAUUCUUGAUAGAGACUUACCUCAAAAAUUCUAAUUAUAAACUUUUUCUCAUAAUAGAAAAAUAUUUUUUCAUUAGAAAUUUUAUUAAUUAAAUUCUUCAGUACACUGGAGAGUAAAAAAAGAAGUUUGUUGCAUGACAAUAAUAAAGACGUCAAACCGAAUCCUGGACACUUUAUUCAGAAAAAAAAGGUCACUAUAAAAACCUUCCAUUGACAUUUACAGAAAUUUCUUUCAGAAUAAAGUGUGAUAAUGUGUACCAGUCCUGUUGUAAAAAGCAGAAAUUUCCUUGCACAAAUAUUUGUCACUUUUACAAAUUAUUUUUGCAACAUUUGAAAUCAACUUUAGAAUAGGAAAGCCAAGCAUAGAUCUGUUUGGUAUUUGGAUUAGUUACUUUCUCCAGCUUCCCUUAUGAAUCAUCCAUCAGCUUUGAGCAUUUUACUGUACACAUGAAUUUGUGGCAAUGUGAUGGAAUAAUUUGUUUACAUCUAUAAAGGUAAUUGUUGCAGACAUCAACUUGUAUUUACAAAUGUUAAGUAUUGUUAUGAAAUUGUGAAUUAUUUAAGUAAAGCUUGCACCAUCUCAAAUA